AUGGCGUACGACGGGUCUGGAGAAAUCCCCUUCGUCAUCUUCGAAACUAGCAUGGGCAAGAUCGCCAUCGAACUUUAUUGGAAACACGCGCCGAAGACAUGCAAAAAUUUCUCAGAAUUGGCAAGAAGAGGAUACUACAACAACACAGUCUUCCAUCGAAUUAUCACUGGGUUCAUGAUUCAAGGCGGCGACCCGACAGGCACAGGCCGUGGCGGUGCGUCGAUUUACGGGGAUCGUUUUGCCGAUGAAAUCGACGAGCGAUUGAAACAUACGGGAGCUGGUAUUCUUUCCAUGGCAAACGCCGGCCCCAACACAAAUGGCUCUCAAUUUUUCAUCACCCUCUCGCCGCAGCAACAUCUAGACGGGAAACAUGCGAUAUUUGGAAGAAUCGCAGCAGGAAUGAAGGUCGUCCAGAACAUCGGCCGCGUUGACACGGACAACAGUGACAAGCCCCAGAUUCCCGUCCGUAUUAUCAAAGCAUAUCCGAAGGACGAUUCACGAUUU